AUGGCCAAAUAUCAUUAUAGGAAUGCACAUCCUAAAAUGUUGUUUGCAGCCAAAUGCAGUGGCUGUCUGGAGAAGAUCGCUCCCACUGAGUUUGUGAUGCGCGCACUAGAAAGUGUGUAUCAUCUAGGCUGCUUCUGCUGCUGUGUGUGCGAGCGACAGCUGUGUAAAGGAGACGAGUUCGUCCUGAAGGAAGGACAACUGCUGUGCAAGAACGACUACGAGAAGGAGAAGGACUUACUGCACGCGGUCAGCCCGGACAUGUCUGACUCCGACAAAAGUGAGGAUGAAGAUCUGGACUUGAAGCCGGAGAAAGGAGCAGGAGGUCAGAGCAAAGGAGCCGAUGACGGCAAAGACCCACGCAGACCCAAGAGACCUCGCACCAUCCUCACCACCCUGCAGCGGCGCGCGUUCAAGGCCUCCUUUGAGGUGUCAUCCAAACCAUGCCGAAAGGUCAGAGAGACGUUGGCAGCUGAAACCGGUCUAAGUGUUAGAGUCGUUCAGGUGUGGUUUCAGAACCAAAGAGCAAAGACCUCAUUUUGUUGUCCUUCUUCAGGAAAUGACUCGAUUUUCCACGACAUUGACAGCGACACGUCUCUGACCAGUCUGAGCGACUGCUUCAUGGCUGCGUCAGAAGCCGGAUCCCUUCAGACCCGCGUGGGAAACCCCAUCGACCGCCUCUAUUCCAUGCAGAGCUCGUACUUCGCCUCCUGA